AUGAAACCAACAAUCCUCCUCGCUGCCCUUGCGGUAUCGGGAGCUGCAGGCCAUACUAUUAUGCAGAAGAUAUCCGUCAAUGGUGCAGAUCAAGGCCAGCUUAAAGGCGUGAGAGCACCUGAUAGUGAUUCCCCGAUUAUGAAUGUGAACGAUGCAAACUUUGCUUGUAAUACAUGUAUCAAAUACAAGGACAACACUGUUAUCAACGUCCCGGCUGGUGCCAAGGUAGGGGGCUGGUGGGGCCACGUGAUUGGAGGCGCUCAGGGUUCAAACGACCCUGACAACCCAAUUGCUGCAAGUCACAAAGGUCCUGUUAUCUACUACCUUGCCAAAGUAGAUGAUGCAGCGACAACUGGUACCACUGGGCUGAAAUGGUUCAAGAUCGGCGAAGAAGGUCGUAGCAAUGGCAAUGCUGGUAGCAAUGGCCAAGCACAAUUCUACAUGGAAUGUGCCCAAAUCAACAUUACCGGAUCUGGAACGAAAAGUAGCACAAACACUGUUAGUUUCCCGGGAGCCUACAAAUCUAGUGAUCCUGGAAUCCUUAUCAACAUCUACAACAAUUCAGGACAGCCAAACGGUGGUGGCAGAGCAUACACUGUUCCCGGCCCUCAAGUCUUCACAUGUUGA